AUGGACGCCAUCUCAUUCAUCGAAAAGACAUUCACAACGAUUUUGUCUCACCGAAACGGAACAAAGCUCUCGAUCAAUGGAAAAUCAAUGGAGCGAUGGAAAUUCCUGACCUCUCGUCUCAUCCAAUCAGGCACGAAAAAGAGAGCUUCUCAUCGAUGCAUUAUCCUUGACGGCGACAACUCACAAGGCCGUUUGGGGAUCUUGGCUGAUUCCAGUUGUCACGAAUUGACUCAUCUAAAUACGGAACUUGUCUCGAAUUGGGAUUUCCCGGGUGAUAAAAUGGAUUGGAUUGCAGCAAGCACAACACACAAACAUCGAUUUAGAGGAGGUGAAUGGACGUCAUCUCAUUCAUCGAAAAGACAUUCACAACGAUUUUGUCUCACCGAAACGGAACAAAGCUCUCGUACAAUGGAAAUGUUGGGAAAUGACAAUGAGCCGAUCGAUCAAAUCAUGGCUGAAAUCCUUUCAACGGUGAUUCUAAUCGAAGUCGCCAUCGUUUCAUCGUGCGGAAAAGAAAUAAUUGUGAUACAAAGAGAGACAAUUGUACACCACAAAGCACGGACAAAUUGCCCAUCUCGUGGUCUCCAUUUUAUUCCAUCUUGUUCAUUUCCCGCUUUCGAAUCAGAUUCCACGAAUCGACCACACUUUCAUCUGCGAAAGACAUGUCAACAAGAAAGCGGUUGG